AUGUACUGUACAAGAAGGAAGAGACUGCAGCUGAGCCGGGUUCUGUUUCUCCUCUCUGGGGUCUUCCUCUGCACCCUCUACCAGCUGACCAUCAGUGCCAGACUGUACGAGCCUUUGCCUAUGCCUCAGAUUGGAGAGGAUUUUGGAGAGGGUUCAGCAGAGGGGGUUGAAGAGGCUACGGUGGAAACUCAAGGGCUGGAGGAACCUCUCACUGCAACACAUGAAUUGGAGCCCACAGAUCAAACAACACCUGAGAUGCAUGUGGUAAAUCAUCAGGAUACAACAUCAGAUUUGAAAGCAUCCACCCCCAGUGAAUCCCCCCCAUUGCCAACCACAAACCGGACUAUUGUGCACUGCAUCUACGUGGCCCCUGAGCCUCCACAGGAGACACCCACACCAGCUCCGGCUCCCCCUGUAAAUACCAUCACUCCAGCUUCUCCUGGAGAGGCUCCACAUGUUAAGGGUGAAUACCCUGAAGAUAUCUUUUCUAUUGAAGAACGCAGACGAGGCUGGGUGAUCCUCCACAUUAUUGGAAUGAUGUACAUGUUUGUGUCACUUGCAAUUGUGUGUGAUGAGUUCUUUGUUCCUGCACUGGGGGUAAUCACAGACAAGUUAGCCAUCUCUGAUGAUGUAGCAGGAGCCACUUUCAUGGCUGCCGGAGGCUCUGCCCCUGAGCUUUUUACCUCCUUGAUAGGGGUCUUCAUCGCCCACAGCAAUGUGGGCAUUGGCACAAUAGUUGGUUCGGCAGUUUUCAACAUUUUGUUUGUGAUUGGAAUGUGUGCUUUGUUUUCUCGAGAGGUACUUCAUCUAACCUGGUGGCCACUUUUCAGAGAUGUAUCCUUCUACAUACUUGACCUCAUCUUACUCAUCAUCUUCUUCUUGGAUAAUGUUAUAAUGUGGUGGGAGAGCAUCGUGCUGAUGGCCAGUUACACCUUCUAUGUGAUUUUCAUGAAGUUUAAUGUGCAAAUAGAGCGGGCCUUCAAGACCCAACUCAACAAACACAAGAGCAUUGUCAAAGUUAUUGCUGUGGAGGAACCUGAAGAGACAAAUGGGGACGAUGAAGAUAAUGCCCCUGCUGCUCCAGAGGACAAGAAUCGGUUGAAGUUGAAGCCAUCCCUUCAGCGAGGGGGAAGUUCAGCUUCUUUACACAACAGCACCAUGAGAAACACCAUCUUCCAACUCAUGAUCCACACAUUAGACCCUCUAGGAGAGGGGAAAUUUAAGGAUAAGGCUGAGACUCUGAAUAAUGUGGCUACACGGAAGGCAGAGAGCAAAACUCCAGAUAAAAGUGAAGAUGGUGGGAAAAAAAGUGAGCAGACCAAAGAGCCAGAGGCUGCCCCAGCUGCAGAAACAGAGAAGACAGAGGAGAAGGAGCAGCCAGAGGACAAGAAGGAUGAUGUACCGGCAGGAGAGGAUGGGGCAGGCGGCUCAGAAGGCUCUGACAGUGAUGAAGAUAGCAGCGAUGAAGACAGCGAUGAGUCCAGUGAAGAUGAAGAUGAGGAGGAGGAGGAAGAGGAAGAAGAGGAGAAAGAAGAUGAGCCUCUGUCUUUAGAGUGGCCUGACACACGACGUAAACAAGUCACCUACCUCCUCCUGCUACCCAUUGUCUUCCCUCUGUGGCUCACGGUUCCUGAUGUUCGCAACCAGAAAUCCAGAAGAUUCUUUGUGGUCACAUUUCUGGGCUCUAUUCUGUGGAUUGCUAUCUUCUCCUACCUCAUGGUGUGGUGGGCCCAUCAGGUUGGUGAGACCAUCGGCAUCUCAGAGGAAAUUAUGGGCCUUACAAUCUUGGCUGCAGGGACAUCCAUCCCUGACCUUAUAACCAGUGUGAUUGUGGCACGAAAAGGCCUGGGGGACAUGGCUGUGUCCAGCUCUGUGGGAAGUAACAUCUUUGACAUCACUAUGGGUCUUCCAGUCCCAUGGUUCCUGUACUCAUCCUUCCAUGGUUUGGCUCCAGUGGCCGUCAGCAGUAAUGGGCUCUUCUGUGCCAUCGUGCUCCUCUUCCUCAUGCUCCUCUUUGUCAUCAUCUCCAUUGCAUCCUGUAAGUGGAAGAUGAAUAAGGCGCUGGGUUCCACUAUGUUCCUGCUCUACUUUAUCUUCCUGGUGCUUAGCGUGAUGCUGGAAGAUCGCAUCAUUGUCUGCCCUGUUUCCAUCUGA